AUGGACCCCUACCUACCUGCCUGGGCAUUGGUGCUGCUGGGCCCAGCGCUGCUCCUGCCAGGGGAUCCUGAGCCACCACCAGAGCAGCUGUGCGGCGUCGACUUCGUGCGCAUGCUGGUGCGAGUGUGUGGGGGCCCCCCCCCCCCGCGCUGGUCCUCGGGAGCCAGGCAGUCAGUGACCCGUGGUGACCGUGAGCUGCUGAAAUGGCUGGAGGGACAUCUCCUUCAAGGGUUGAUGGCCGAUGGGGAACUCAUGCUGGCACCUGGCCCACAGACCCUGCCCCAGGCCUCUCUCCAUCAUCAUCGACACCGGAGGGCCACAGCCAACAACCCUGCCCACCGAUACUGCCUCAGUGGUUGCGCUCAACAAAACCUUCCAGCACUCUGCCCCCACUGA